AUGUCUGGACCAUUACAACAGCUGAUCGGGCCGACAAAGGCAAGACUUCUGCGAUAUUUCGAUGAAGCAAAUACGAUCUUUGAGAGAAACGUUGAGGACGAAGAGGAUAUAAAAGAUAUCGACGUAAGAAUUUCGCAAUUGGUAGACCUUUCGAGUCGAAUUCAGAAAGGAUGUAGAUUAUUGGAGAGAUGUAAUAAUGAUUGGGCUAAUAUUAUGAAGGAUCUACAGGGCGAUGACCGGACUGCAGAAGAACAGAUAUACGCUUCUGUGGUUGAAGGCGAAACUGGCUUCAUUGCGGUUUUACUUGAUUGUCAUGAUAUGGAAGCCAAGAUUGAAACCCAACUUUCUCGACUCGAUAGCUUGAAGAAACAACAUAUAGCAAAGGUGGAGCUGGAGCCGGCACCUAGACUAGGCGAGAAAGAUCCAAAUGUUGUGCAAGCUGAAGCAAUUCAAGCGAUCAGAGAAGCCAUUGAAGCAAUGACCCAUGACCACAGACGUGAGAGACCAAAAUCUGUUACUUUACCGAAACUCCAACUACCGACAUUUGAUGGAGAUGUUCUCCAUUGGCAGGAAUUCUGGGACAUGUUUCAGUCAUCGGUUAACACGCAAGAGCUUCCAUCUGUCACUAAGUUUACUUAUUUGAAAGGAAUCCUUAGAGGGCAAGCAGCAGCUGCUAUUUCAGGAAUAGCUGUCACGGAAGAGAACUAUGACAUAGCACUUCGCACACUUCGAGACAAAUACGGAAGAAAGGAUGUCAUUGUUGAGAGUCUGUACGCUUCAUUUCAGAAGAUACCGAUUGCUUCAAACGAAUUUGCAGAUGUUCAACAUACAUAUGAUGCGAUUGAGCGGAUCUUGAAACAACUCGAGACACAUGAAGAUGUCAAUCAUCGGCGUCUGCUUAUACCACAAAUUCUGUCAAAGUUUCACGUGGAUACCGUUACAAAAUUGGAGGAAUCUAAAAAACCAAGUGAAAUCUGGACAGUUAAAUCUGUAAGAGAAGCUUUGAAGCACUAUGUAAAGAUUCGUGAGAAUGUCCACCGACGAACGAGCAAUACAAAGAAAAUGAGUAAUCAACAAUCUCGAGUGAUGGAGAGGCGAUCUUCUUCAGAAGCACUCUCGGUUGCUGCUUCAAUUCGACCAGUCGACACAGAGAAGCACACAACAUUAUUACCUUGCGUUUUCUGCAAUGACAAACAUUACAAUGAAAAUUGUGCAGAAUACAAGUCAUUGCCGGCAAGGAAACAACGACUCCGUGAGUUGGGACGAUGUUUUAUCUGUCUUCAGAAAGGACAUACCUUCACGGAGUACUGUAACAGACAUCUACGUAAGUGCUAUUACUGUAAACAAUCGGGCCAUCACAACCGAGCCUUAUGUCCUCGGAAGACCAAUAACAGCAAGAAGCGAUUCGAAUCAGUUGCCGUAACAACUGAUAUACAAUUACCAAAGACUCAAGAUGACGGGGAUUCCACUUGCAGUGGUGCUUCGAAUACUACUCAGAAUUUAGCAAUUGGUGAAAACGUUUUGCUCCAAACAGUACAGUCUCUAGUUGUAGCAAAUGACCAAUCUGUUAUGUCACGCCUUCUUUUGGAUUCUGCAAGCCACCGUACCUUUAUGACGAAAAGGUUAGCGAAGAAAUUACAUCUUCCCGUGGAACGAAAGGAAUCACUUUCUGUAUCAACCUUUGCAGCAAAUCACUCAAAGGAACUCGACACAUACGUUGUCAAAUUUGAUGUCAUUCUGAAAGAUGGUUCAUCAGUUAAGCUGGAAGCAAACGUGCUCAAACAGCUUACAAGACCAAUUCAUCGGAGACCACUGCAGUCUUCUGAUAUUCAAUUUCUCAAGGCUCUUUCCCCCGAAUGUCUAGCUGACUCAAUUCCUGAAACUUCUGAAACUGCUAAUAUUGACAUAUUGAUAGGAGCUGACUAUUUCUGGCAAUUCAUCAAUGGCCACAAAAUUGUUCUACCCUCGGGAAUGUUUUUGAUUCCAUCAAAAUUUGGAUAUUUACGCACAGGCAAGUAUCCCGAGAUAGCUGAUGACCACAAUAAACGUAUCCAUACCUGUUAUGUGAUGACUCAAAUGAGUCGGGCGAUCUCUGAAUUAAACUUCCACUCUGUUCCCGACACAGUGACAAUACAACACAACAGUCUAGAAGACUUUUGGAGUCUUGAAGCUAUUGGAAUCAAAGACACUCCAUACACAAAUGAUGAUGAUGUUGCUCUUGAACGCUUUAAUACAACCAUUUUGUUUCAAAAUGGACGAUAUCAAAUAACGUGGCCAUGGAAAUCAGGACACAAAUGCUACCUUCCUGAUAACAUCUCUCUAGCCUUUGGAAGAAUGAAAUCAUUGUCCAAACGACUACAAAAUGAUAGAUCACUUCUCAAUCGCUAUGACCAAGUUAUAAAAGAUCAAUUGAACCAAGGAAUAAUUGAAAGAGUAACCGAGACCGAAUCAAGUUCUGUAAAACACUAUUUGCCGCAUCAUCCAGUCUUAACCCCAACGAAGGAAACAACCAAACUACGAAUUGUUUAUGAUGGAUCUUCAAAACCAAGAAAGGAACUCAAGAGUCUCAACGAGUGUUUACACAGAGGACCCAUUCUUCUACCGAAUCUAUGUGGUCUUCUGCUAAGAUUUCGAACUCACAAGAUACCUGUUCUAGCUGACAUUGAAAAGGCUUUUCUUCAAAUUGAAAUACAGCCAAAGGAAAGAGACGUUACAAGGUUUCUGUGGUUUAAAGACGUCAUGAAACCUGACGAGAUAGAAGGAAACCUUGCAACAUACCGGUUCUGCAGAGUACCAUUUGGGUUGAUUUGCAGUCCCUUUCUGUUAGAGGGAACUCUGAAAUUUCAUCUUCAAAGGGAAGGAAGUUUAAUAGCCAAAUCUAUUGCUGAGAACAUAUAUGUUGACAACAUUUUAGUUGGAGCAGAUUCUCCUGCUAAUGCUUAUCAACUGUUUGAAAGAGCAAGACAAAUAUUCAAAGAAGCCACUAUGAACUGA